CGUUGCUUUCCCACCUGAACAAGAUUGAAGACUGGUUGCUGCAAGAGACAAUCAUCUGAUAGAGAUGGGUUGUGGAAGCUCUUCGCAAGCUGUGAAUCAGUCAGACCCACAAGUGAAUGGCAAGGGAAAUUAUCAACAACUUGCCAUCACAGAGAAGUACACCUUCGGGAAGAAAUUGGGAUCGGGUAGCUUUGCAUCAUGUGCAGUAGGCACCAACAAAGAAACUGGUGAGAAGUUUGCUAUCAAGACUUUGCUCAAGUCGCACGAGAACUAUGAUAGAGAGCUGCUGGAUCAUGAAGUUCGGAUCAUGAUCGCAGUGGCGCAUCCGAGAUGCAUCAAGUUGGUGGAAGUGUUCGAAGACAAGAAGGCAGUGCACUUGGUGGAAGAGCUUGCAGUGGGAGGGGAGCUAUUCGACAGGAUUAUUCUCGAAGGCAUUGCUCACAUGCACUCGGUUGGAGCUUGCCAUCGUGAUCUCAAACCAGAAAACUUGCUGAUGGUGUCUGACAACCCGUCGAAGCCGGAGUACAUGCACCUGAAGAUUGCUGACUUUGGACUGUCGAGUCUGCGUCCUGUAAUGGGUGAACAGAGCAUGAAUACAGUCUGUGGGACCCCAGACUAUCUUGCUCCGGAAGUUGUCAUGAUUGCUUCGCAAGGGAGAGGCACAAGAGUCAAAUACGAUGCCAAGGUCGACGUGUGGGCAACUGGUGUGAUCUUGUAUACCAUGCUUGCUGGCUACCCGCCAUUUUACAGCGAGAAUUUGGCUGAGCUCUUGUCUCUGAUUCAGAAAGGCGAGGUCAAGUUUCCUAAAGAUCCAUGGAAGAAUGUUUCCAAGGAAACGAGGCAGUAUGUGUCUCUCCUGCUCACAGUGGAUCAGAAGAAGAGGCCGACGAGCAUGGAGUGCCUGAAACAUUCACUGAUGGACAACAUUGAAAGCCGACAAACCUGCGGAGACGUCUCCGAGCCCGACGAGCGACUCGUUGCCUUUCUGGCUGUACAGGUUUCGCCGUGUCCACCGCCUUUCACUGAAGUUUGCAGUCACUUGAAAGUGUCUAACAUGAUUAAUUGA